AUGGAAUCUGAGGAAGGCGGUGACGGUGUGAAUUAUAGUGGGAAUUUUGUCAGCGAUACGUUUUUUCCUACAUUUGACGAUGUAGUUACAUGGGCUGAUGAUGUUUCCAUAAAAUUGGGAUUUAUAUUGGUGAAAUCGUCUUAUAGCAAAACCAGAGAUGGUCGGCCGUAUCGGUGUUUGCGGUGUGAUCGGUCACGAAGGAGCAAGCCGAGAGAUUUGGAGAACGCGAUACGGAAGGACACCAAAACCAAAGCUAAUGGUUGUCCAUUCUACAUCAAGAUAUAUUAUGAUGUCAGCACCGAAAGUUGGAAGAUCAAUGCGAAAAAUGAUCACACCGGGACACAUAACCACCCAAUGAUUGUGUACCCAGAGGGUCACCGUAAAGUGAGCGGAUUGAGUCCGGGUGCAAAACAGGUUGUGCGGGACAUGACAAAGUCCAAGGUUGCUCCCCGUAACAUCAUGUCCACUAUUGCCGAGCAAUUUCCUGAUGAUCAUCCAAACAUCCGACACAUUUACAAUUGUCGAAAUGACUUCAUGAUGGAGAUGUCCGAAGGAAGAGGAGUUGUUCAGCAAUUUCUUCAUCUGGCGAGAGAGAGUAAAUACAUUUACUGGGUCACGAACGAUGAUCACAACGUUUUGCAACAUGCAUUUAUGGUGCACCCGAUCAUGGUCAACAUACUCUGCACAUACCCACAUGUCAUAGGUAUGGAUUCUACUUACAAGACCAAUCGAUAUAACAUGCCUUUCUUUGAGAUAGUAGGCGUGACACCGACAAACCAGAAUUUUCUAGUUGGAUAUGUUUUCAUGCGCGACGAGUGCACGGCUAGCUAUCGGUGGGUGUUACAGAGAUUAAGGGAGUUGAUUGGGUUUGAUAAAGAGCCAUCUGUAUUUAUUUCAAACCGUGAUCUUGAGCUAUGUGCGGCUUUGAGAGAAGUCUUUCCACGGACGUCACAUUUACUCUAUCUAUGGAACAUCAACAGAGAUGUGGAGGCUAAGGUGACGAAGAUGUUUGGAAACAAGACGGUUGGUGUCAGUUUUAGAGCUGGGAGAUGGUUCAAAAUCGUGAAUGCAACAACACGGGCGGAGUAUGAUCGUGCUCUAGCUGCCAUGCAAGUUCUUCACUUUGGUAACACCACCAACUGCAGAGUUGAGAGCCAACAUUCAGCAGUGAAAACUUGGUUUGAAUCAUCCACAGAAUCAUUGGCAGGUGCUUUGGAUAUCGUAUGGGCCCGAGUCCAUUGUCAUAUCGGUAAUCGCAUCAUACAAAUUCGUAAUGACUUGAAGGCAUCAAGGUCUAAAAUUGGUCAGAUGUACAGACAGUUGCCACUGUCACGUAUAAAUGGCAAAGAGUCUCAACAUUGCUUGAAAGUUCUGGAUAAGGAGACGAAAAGGAUGCGGGAUUUGAGUUACCAGGUCCAUGAACGGUGUGGAUGUGCUAUGCGUGUGACCCAUGGUCUUCCAUGUGCUUGCUAG